AUGCCACCUAAAAGGAGGAAAGAUUUUGGACGGCGCACGGCAGCUGCCUCCGCAGCUAGAGCAGCGAGGGCGAGUGAAACCCCUGAACAGACUUCUUUGCGUCUUUCACGGAUGGCCUCGAGCUCAGCUGCUCGCUUAUCCACGGAAAGCGCCUCUGCGGCUUCAGGCAUGUCCGCACGCCGCGGCAGGCUUUCAGUUGAAGAACGUUCACUUCAGAAUUCACAGGGUGCAGUCCGCCUGGCUAGGGCUACAGCCGCCUCUAGAGCUUCGGAACAACCCCAAGAAACCGCUCAUCGUCGCUUUAGAAAUGCCCUAUCCACCGCAUCUUCCAGAGCCUUAGAAAGCCCUGCACAAACCACUGUUCGUCGCAUUAUAAAUGCCCGCUCCACUGCAUCUGCUAGAGCCUUAGAAAGCCCUGCACAGACCACUGUUCGUUGCGUUAGAAAUGCCAGCUCUACUGCAUCUGCCAGCUUUGCAGAAAACUCUGAAGUACGCCGUCAACGACUCGAAAAGAUUAGCUCAUUUCGAGCUUCUUUGAAUGCUGUAACUUCGCCGUCUGCAUUAUUUUGGUCAAAUACCGCAUACAGUUAUGACUGCACUGUCAACUAUCCCGCUAGGAGAGACGUACAACUAGGGGCCAUGGAUAAAGAUUUCACUUUUGGCAACGCAAAAAAGUGGGCCGGUGAGCAACCUGGGCCUUGUUGCUCUGGGGGCAAAAUCAAACUCCCUUCUUUAGACGAGCCUCCCCAGCCACUUAGGGACCUCCUUCUAGGUACAACUUCGGAGUCAACGCAUUUUCUUGAAGCAAUACGGAAGUACAACUAUAGCUUCCAGAUGGCGUCUUUUGGUGGGAAGGCUAUUAGUGAAGGGAGAUCGAUGCCUACUUUCAAAGUGCAAGGCCAGGUUUACCACUUAAUGGGGUCACUUUUGGCUGAUCAGGGAGAGCCACCUCAGUUCCUACAAAUUUACUUUCUCGCAGACUACAACGAGCAACGUCUUGUCAUUCUGCAUAGCGAUUUUUCCGUCGGUCCCCACAGACGGUCUCACGGUGAGCAUGAGCUUCGCUUCAAUGCGCCUGCAUGUAAUGAAGCCGCCGCAGUCAUCCACGGUGAGGAGCAUAACAGCCGUGACAUUGUCAUAAAAUACCGGGGCGGUGGUCUGCGCCGCAUCAGUGAAACCCACCGUUCAUACGACUGUCUCCAGUGCCCUCUUCUUUUUCCAUACGGAAGCAAUGGGUACCACUUCAAAAUCCUAAUAUGCCAAGCAAGCAGCGAUUCCAUGUCGACCUUAAAGACAGUCUCCUGUAGGUCUUACUACGCCUACAUGUUUAUGUUUAGGGAGGGUGAAUUUAACCACUUGCACAGGUGCCGUAAACUAUUUCUUCAAUUCGCUGUUAACAUGGCUGCAAAAAUGGAGUCGGAGAGGUUAGGAUUCAUCAAGUUAAACCAAUCCAAACUUAGAACUGACUCCUACAUUCACCUUCGUGAUGGUCUGCGUUUUGAUGGUGACCCACGCAAUCUCGGCAAACCGUGCAUUUGGCCUUCCUCUUACACUGGUGGCCCUCGAUACAUGCAUGAAAGGACACAAGACGCAAUGAACUAUGUCCGUCAUUACGGGAGGCCUUAUUUGUUCGUCACGCUCACGUGCAAACCGAAAUGGGUUGAAAUCACACGCGAACUUUUUCCAGGUCAGCAGUACUCACACCGCCCUGACCUAAUUGCCCGUGUUUUCCGGUUACAACUGUGUAAGCUUAUGGAUUUGAUUCUUAAAUGGCAAAUCUUCGGACGCAUCAAGUGUCAUAUGUAUACAGUGGAAUGGCAGAAACGCAGUUUGCCUCAUGUCCACAUUCUGCUGUGGGUCAACGAUAAGGUUGACGCAAACAAAAUAGACGAUUUUAUUUCUGCUGAAAUUUCGGAUUCUGUGCUGGUGACUUUGCUCCACGAAAUCAUUUUAAAAAAUAUGAUACACGCCCCCUGUGGCGCGAAUUACGAAAAAAGGUUAUGUUGGUCAAGCGGCCCCACUUGCGCAAAGGGUUACCCCCGUAAUUUUAUCUCAGAAACGCAAACCGCGACGGAUGGUUAUCCACUGUACAGACGUAGAAGCCCCGCUGAGGGCGACAGAACUGUGACAGAUAAUGGCCACACUCUGGAAAAUAUUUGGGUGGUGCCUUAUUGCCCGAUGCUGUCCAAGACUUUUGGAGCCCACAUAAACGUUGAAUACUGCCACUCGGUUAAGUCAAUAAAGUACAUCUGCAAGUACGUCAAUAAAGGCAGCGAUGCUGCCAUCUUCGGUAUCCGGCGCGACAAUUGCGUUGACGAGAUUGCUGGGCCAAAGAGUUUCACAGAUAUUCGCACUGUCAAAGGUAUAGAAUGCCACUCUUAUAGAGUGUCAUGCUUCCGUUUGGGAUUGGUUGAAGACGACUCCCAAUGGGAUGCAGCCAUGGCGGAGGCUGAAAUACUCAGAACGCCAUCAAACGCUUCGAACGCUAUUCGCCAUUUUGCUUUUGCGGUGCGAACUAAGCGAUCCUCUGUCGCUCUGGCUAAAGUACAGAGAAUCCAUGUCAGAGGAUGUGCUGUUCUCCGUUCAGCGUAA